AUGGAAACUUACUCUGCCUCGCUAUCACCUGUUAUAUGCAACAGUACAACUUUUAACGUAAAUGGAUCGCAUUUGUGUAAUGAAAGCCUAUCUUCUAGAUUAGCUGAUAAAUCAGAACACCAACAAUAUGUUAUUGGUCUUUUCUUAUCGUGUCUUUACACAAUAUUCCUUUUUCCUAUUGGUUUUGUAGGAAACAUUCUGAUACUGGUUGUAAACAUAAGCUUUCGUGAAAAAAUGACUAUUCCAGACCUUUACUUCAUAAACCUUGCAGUAGCUGAUCUCAUUUUAGUUGCUGAUUCUCUCAUUGAGGUUUUUAAUCUUGAUGAAAAGUAUUACGAUAUCACUAUUAUAUGUACCUUUAUGUCUUUGUUCCUUCAGAUCAACAUGUAUAGCAGCAUUUUCUUUCUGACAUGGAUGAGUUUUGACAGAUACAUAGCACUGGCAAAAGUAAUGAGGUCCAACAUAUUUCGCACUAUGCAACACGCUAGAUUAAGCUGUGGUCUCAUAUGGAUGGCGUCUAUUUCAGCAGCACUAGUUCCGUUUACAGCUGUGCACUUACAACACACCGGAGAGGUCUAUUUUUGUUUUGCAGAUGUAAAAGAAAUCCAGUGGCUAGAAAUAACCUUGGGGUUUAUUAUCCCCUUUGUGAUCAUCGGUCUUUGUUACUCAUUAAUUGUCCGAGUUCUUAUAAAAGCACACAAGCACAGGAGUCUUCGUCUGCGGCGACAAAAGGCUCUUCGGAUGAUUUUCGUUGUCGUCUUGGUUUUCUUUAUCUGCUGGCUACCUGAAAAUGUCUUCAUUAGUGUUCAACUUCUCCAGAAGAAAAGCGAGCCUGUCUCUUCGAGCAGCCCAUCUUUCAGACACGAUUAUCCCUUAACAGGACAUAUUGUGAACCUAGCAGCUUUUUCUAAUAGCUGUUUGAACCCCUUAAUUUACAGUUUUCUAGGGGAAACCUUCAGAGACAAACUGCGACUGUACAUUGAACAGAAAACCAAAAUGUCAACGCUGCAUCGCUUUUGUCAGGCUGCCUUAACGUCUGUCAUUCCUGACAGUAAUGAGCAAUCGGAGGUUUGAUUUAGCAGCGGUUGUAGAAAACAUACAACUGUGAAGUUGUGCAAAUAGCGAACAAAACGCUUGCUACUAACAGAAAAAAGCGUGUCUGCGUAUGUAUGUAUUAUAUUGCUCUGCUGAGUAUUGAAGGUUUAUAUUCAAAAUGUUUUUAUGACAACUUUAAAGUAGAAGAAUGUUUCAGGCAGAUUUAUAUUUAAUUAUGAACAGGAUUAUUAAAAGCUGAGCACUGAAGGAGCUUUAUUUUAUAUUAAACGUGUAUGACUGAUAAUAUAGAAGAAAAUUUUAUCAAGCUAGGAAGACUCUAGAUUUAACUUGAUUAUCAGAGAUGCUAUUUUGCUGGUGUAUAUAAGGUACUUCCACUUAAAUAAUGGAGCUGCCAUAACAGUGAGGAAAAAAAUCAUUGCAAUGUAUUGAUAUGGAGAUGCAGAAAACAAUUAUUUUUCAUCCAAGUAUGUUAAGUUAAAUGACUUUG